AUGUUUGAUUCUUCCCUGUUGGUGGUUUCUGUUGUUCUGGUUCCUGUUAAUUCCUUCAAUAAAGCUCAUUUGCUGCAUUCGGAUCCUCUCACCUUUGUCCUAGAAUUGACAAGUUUACCACACAAUUAUGUUGCUGCGAGGAUUGUGCUUCUGGGAAAGACGGGUGUUGGGAAAAGUGCAACUGGAAACACGAUUCUGAGAAGAGAAGCUUUUAUAUCCAAACUGACUUCUCGCUCAGUGACCAGAGAGUGUGAGAAAGAAAGCUCAGAGUUCAACAGAAGACAGAUAACUGUGAUCGACACUCCAGGCCUGUUUGAUACUGGAGUCGAUAAUGUUGAGACCAGGAAGGAGAUUGUGAAGUGCGUCUCCAUGGCGGCUCCUGGACCACAUGUGUUUCUGCUGGUGAUUCAACUGGGACGAUUCACUCAAGAGGAGAAAGAUGCAGUCAAGAUGAUCCAGGAGAUGUUUGGAGACAAAUCCAGAAUGUACACCAUGGUGCUCUUCACCAGAGGAGAUGAUCUUAGAGGAACAAGGAUUGAAGAUUUUAUUGAAGGUGAUGAUAGCUUGCAGUACCUCAUCAAGCGGUGUGGUCACAGAUACCAUGUGUUCAACAACAAAGACACUAAAGAUCAGACGCAGGUUUCUGAGCUGCUGGAUAAGAUUGACUGCAUGGUCGCAGCUAAUGGAAGGAGUUUCUACACCAAUGAGAUGUUCCAGCAGGUGCAGAAGAACAUCAGAGAAGAGCAAGAGAGAAUCAUGAAAGAGCAAGAAGAAGAGAUCAAGAGGAAAGAAGAAGAGCUGAGAGCCAAAUAUGAAGCAGAAAUAGAAGAAAUGAAGAAAGAAAAUGAGAGAGAAAGAGAAGAGAUGCAGAAUGAACUGAGAAAAAGUGAGGAAGAGUUCAGAAAGAGAAGAGAGGGCAGUGAAGAGUGUGUGAAGAAAGAGGAGAGGAUUCAUGGUCGUCAGAUCAGUCUGGUGGAGCUUCCAGCUCUCAGUCAGCUCUCAGAGGAGGAAGUGAUGCGUCAGACUCAUCACUGUGUGUGUCUCUGUCAUCCUGGAGUUCAUGUUUUCCUCCUCAUUGUUCCUGUUGGUCCUCUGACAGAUGAAGACAAAACAGAAAUAGAGAAGAUCCAGAAGAACUUUUAUUCCAGAGAGCAUUUCAUAGUAAUGUUUAUCAGUGAAGGCACUGUUAAAAGACCAGAGACAGACUUCAUAAAAUCCAGCCCAGAAUCUCAGAGCUUAAUUAGUUAUUGUGGAGGUCGGUACAGAGUGAUGGGUUUAAAAGAGCAUGAAAACACAAGACAGAUCCCAGAACUACUGGAUUAUAUUGAGAACAUGAAGACUGAACCAUAUUCACUUCAGAUGUACAUGAAAACUCAGGAGAACAGAGUCAGACGUGAAACAGAGGAGAAAUAUAAAGAGAAACUACAGAGAAUGGAAGAUGAAAUCAAAGAGUUAAAGCAGAAGAUUCAGUCAGAAGGUGAGGAUUUUUAA